AUGGCUGGCGCCAUACCUGGCGAUGGAGGCCAUGGAGAAGACGCAGUCCGAAUGCUCCAAGCGUUGGAGGGGCUUGGACUUGUAGGUCCUCGAUUGGCCGUUUCGCAGGGCACUGAGGAGACACUGGCCCGGCAGCUGGCUGAACACCUGGGGAUUCCAUACAAAAGCUGGCAGGUGGACUUCGUGAAAGGGCAGGUGGAGUCAGCCAGACAAAUGGAGGACCUGGAGAAUAGGCUGCAGGGUGCAGUGAUGUCGGUGCCUCAACAGAGGAUGAUGGAUGCAGCCUGGGCUCAGACGAAGGAGCUUGAGGAGCAGCACAAGGCCGAAAUGGAAGAGGCUGCAGCGGCGCCAGUCAUACCCAGGCGGGGAACUCUGGGCAAGAGCGUCCGGCUCAGGACGGGACGUGUGGUGACUGAGGACGCGGCCGAGGAGAAAGUCUUGCAGAUCCUGACCAAGGAGCUGACGGACAUGGGAGCACCUAUCCUGCAGGAGUUGGGGAACUCAGCCCAGCCGGAGAGGGCGCUCAAGUCCCUCAUGGGGAAGUACAGAGCGUCCACCUUGCGAAGGUAUCUGGCAAGCUGGCAGCACUUCAGGAAGUGGUGUUACAUGGGCGAGAACCAUCAGCCCAACUCUCCGACCAGCUUCAUUGAUUACCUCUUCGUGAGGGAAGAAGAAGGGAUGGGUGCCUCAAUACCAUUGGCAGUCUCUAGAGCUGUCGCCUGGUUCCAGCAGUUGGCAGGAGUCCCGGAGGGCCAAAGGCUCACGGACAGUCAAGCAGUGGACCUGGUGGUGAAGGACUUGGUGAGGAAGCUUGAGAGCAAGGCGAAGCCGAUCAAGAGGGCGCCAAGGUGGCUUACAGCUAUGAUAGGCCCAAUGGAGGGCUUGGUGAUGGAUCGUGAGGCUCCCCUGGGCCGGAGGGUAGCUGCAUGGAUGAAGCUUGUGAAGCUCUGGGGGGCCCUGCGCUUCAGCGAUGCAGCCAACAUGAAAGUCAGAGCAAUCAGGUUCUACGACGGCAAGUUCACGGCCACGUUGCAGAAGACGAAGACGACAGGUGCAGGGAAACGUGUGAGGGAACUCCCCUUGUACAUUGGGGAGGAUGCCUAUGUAGCUGAAUCUUCGUGGCUGGAGAUUGGGUACAACCUGGUGAAGAGGACGUGGCGAGAAGACGGUGAGUAUGUCUUCAAUGAGGGCGCAUUCGACUCAGGACAGACUGGGAUGGGCCCGAUGAAAUACUAUGAAGCCUCGGCGGCCAGCAGCGAUGUGAUCACAGCGCUGAAGGACUAUGAAGGGGAGAGGAUCUUCCCGGAAGGCUUUGAUCGUUUCUGGUCGGAGCACUCAGAACGCUCCACAUUGCCCAGCUGCUUGGCGGCCAUGGGUGUCAGCAAGACGGAUCGCGACCUGAUUGGGCGAUGGUUGCCAGAGGGCAGCGAUCAGUACGUGAGAACGUACAAUGCAGCUGUGGCAAGGCUGCAGAAGAGGUUCGUCAAGGUGGUGAGGAGCGGGAAAGCCUACGAGACCUUUGAUGAGGGUAGCAUCCUCGAAGAGAUGAAGGAGUGGAUGGUGACCCACUGGGAGGUGAACCCGGGGGAUGCAGACAACGCAGUGGAGGCCUUCAAGAAGAAGGUCAAGGUCUUGGCCGCUGCCGAGACGGUGGACGACGUGCAGCCGAGUGGAGAGGAGACCGAGCUCGCCACCACGGAGUCAGAGAGUGACAAGAAGCAGGAGGCGGCCAACGAAGGCAAGAGGGCCAAGGUGGAGAGAAAGGGCAAGAGCAAGAUGCCUGAGUUAGAAGAGUUCUCAAAGAGAGCGGAAGAGAGGCCCUUGAAGGAGAGGAAGUUCCAGCAGCUUGCGGAAGAGAGGCAGGGAGGCUAUGUUGUGGUGUAUCAAAGAGCCGGAAGAGGUACGCUGCACCUCCUGGGGCCUGACGCGUGCUGGAUGGCAAAGAAGCGGAGUUUCACAAAGGCCGAGAUCCACAAGGAAUGCCCUGACCCUCAGCAGUACUCCACGUGGUGCAAGCUGUGCUGGAGGAAGGAGGCUGAGAAAGCACAGGAGUCCACAAGCGGCAGUGAAGGGUGCAUCGCAGUGGGCCCGGGGAAGUCCGUGGGGGCCCACGGCGGGUGCAAGAUGGGGACGCUCCCUGUCGAGGAAGUCCGUGGGAGCCCCACGGCCGGGCGGCGGGUCAUGGUUGGUCCAUGGCGGGGGAAGCCGGGUCCAAGCCCCGUGGGCGGCAUCUUUACCCGACGGAGAGCGGAGGUUCAGUUGCACAGCUCAUGUUACUCUGCAGCCGUGGAGCGGUUCAAAGUCUGGUGUGAGCCACGCCAGCCGGGAGAGGGCAUGCCGAGGGUGGUGCUCUCGCAGGAGCAGGAGGAGGCAGCAGACCAAGCAGGAGGAGCCGACCUGAAGUUUCUCCUGGCGAAGCAAGGGGUGGAAAUAGGGAACCAGAGGCUCUUCUUCCACCACGGAGUCACCACGGUUGAGAAGUUAGCAUCCCUGGCGAAGGAUCGUGAAGAUUUGGUCCAAGUCCUGAAAGACCACUGGGACCUCGACCAAGCCAGGACGCUGGGAGAGAGGGUGCAGGUGGCGGCGGUGGUCUGCGCCUUCGCCAAUGCCACCUCCAGGACACAAAAGGCGGCGGAGGUGGACGCAGAAUAUGAGGUGCUUGAGAAGCGAUACGGACAGAUGGAAGACAAAGAUACCCCUGCCAAGGAGUACGUUGAGAAGAAGCUGGCAGAGGUUGAAGGGGGCGAGUACAGAGCAGAGCCCCUAACGGAGGUGGUCUCAAAGGACGAGGUCGAUCCUGAUGACCUUGUGCCUGUAUGGAACACCAAAGGUAGGCACACCAAUCGAACAGAGCUCCAAGGAGACUAUGAGAGGACAGUUGAGGAGUACAAGAACUACAUGUUGGGCGAGUACGUCUAUGGUCUGGUAGCCAGGGACGAAGAAGGGAAUACGGUGGCAAACCCGCCCUGGAGUUUGGUGUUGGCAUAUGAACAUGCAGUGCGGAAACAGGCUGUCAAGUUGGUGAACAGAGAGGGGAAGACCUGGGUGGUGGCUCUCAAAGCUGCAUGGAGAGACUCGACGGUGAAAGAAAGGCACUUUACGACACCGUUGGCGUUGUAUGCAAAACGCCCACCGCCCUGGAGAGCAGCGGCACCGGCACCAGCCCCGUCUAUGCCCUCGAAGCUACAGAAAGGCGGAAAAAAGGGCAAGGGCAAGGGAAAGGCCGUGCAGCAGGGAGGCCAUUGCGCUUCGCAUACCCCUCAAGGGGACCUGGUGUGCUAUCGCUUCAACUCGGGGGAGAAGUGCAAAGAGAAGAAAUGCAAGUACAAGCAUGUAUGCGGGAUAUGCUUCUCCCCGAAGCAUGCGCUGCCUGAGUGCAACUCAAAGAACAGGGCCGAGAAAGCGGAGCUUGGCAACAUGUUGGGGGACUUCUCCUAUGAGGCGUUGAGGAGACAGGCAAGACAUGAGGAUUUUGUUGGUAUGAUGGAACAGCCGGAAGAUUUGGGCAAGACAAAAUACCAGAGGAUACCUGACCAUCAGCCGGCAUCGAUGUGGCAGUUUCCGCAAUUCGAACUUGCCCUACAAGAAGGCCUGCGGACAUGUGUCUUCUCCCAGCUGGACUUCGGGAGCGACUCAGUGAAACCCACACGGCUGCUGCUCCGGCUGGAAGGGCCGCUGCGGCCAGCCAUGAUAGAAGGCAAGCCCGUGUUCGAUGAGGAGGGUCACUACGUGGGGCCGCUGCCCCAGCGAGAAGGGGCAUCACUCAUUGGAAGGGAGCAGGGCAAGUUCAAAACAGCUUCGGCAGCAGCGUGGCCUGACAAACUAUGCAGGUGGGCCGCUGAAACAAUCCUUGCCGCGUACUCAAAGUACAGUGGGCGGAGCAAGGGGAAAGGCAAGAGAACAUGUCCAGAAGAAGGUGAGGAGCAGCUUGAAGGCAAGAAGAGGCGCUUUGAGGAGGAGGUACCAGUUGACCCAAUGAGGCCCUUGUACCCGGGAGGAGAGGGCCCUCCCAGGAGCUGCUCAUGGAAGGGGUAUCAGACUCCUUUUCAUGACGGAGGGGGCCUGCCGUCCCCGGGCCGGUGGAGGAGAGAUAAGAGGAGGUACCCCAUGGCUGGGGGCUGGAGAAAAUUGAGGAGGCGACUCGAAGAGGCAGUUACAGAGCGUGCAGGGGGCCCGGCAGAGCUAGAGAAGGAGUUCUUCAAGAUGGCAAGAGGCGGAGGAAGCUUCAACUUGGUAAAAGAUGAGAGACUGCUGGAGGAGGUGAGGGGAAUCCUCCAGGAGACACUGGGUCUUUCUGAGCAGGCCUUGAAGGUCCCUGAGGGCCAGCCUUUUCUGCUGAGGAUGUUAAAAGAGGUGCUUGAGAAGGCAGGGGACUGCGACUAUGAGUUCCUGGAGAGGGCUUGCGUAGGUUUGCCGCUUGGGGUGCUGGAAGAGUUACCCCGAACCCCCGGGGUCUUUGAACAGCAGACGAAGUGGGCAUUGGAUGAGGGCCCAGGGGCGGUCUGGAGCCUGGAGAAGGGAAACUACCUCUCAGCGGUUCAGCAUGAGGGACACUUGAGAGAGCACCUGGAGGCGGAGGUCAGCGCUGGCUUGGUUACAAAGAUGAGCCAAGCGGAGUUCGAAGAGAGCUAUGGGCAGAAUAGAGCAAUUGCGGCGCUGGCUGUUUUGGUAGAGGACGAGGUUAGUGGAAAGAAGCGAGUCAUCCAUGACGGGACCCAUGAAGUGGGUGUCAACAACAGGAUACGAUGCAGAGACAAGGUCAGGAUGCCGGGCCCUCGUGAGAAGAGAUGCGUCUUGGAGGAGCUGGCGGAUACGAAGGAGGUGGUCACGGCCCUAGUGGGUGAUUUUGAAAAAGCUCACAGGAGGUUCUUGUACCAGGCCUCGGAGAGGGGCUUUCUAGCGUUCACCCACUAUGUGGUUGGCCCGGAUUUCCCCAUUGAGAUGCUGCUAUAUGCGGACGAUUUGGAGGUGGUUGCCCCUUCUCGGAAGGGAAGAGUAGGCGCCGUCCUGGUGUUCCUGGUUAUGGCAGUUGCAGGGGCGCCCUUCAAAUGGCAGAAGCAGCGAGGAGGAUGGGUUACAGAAUGGGUAGGAGUGUCAACCGAUUACAGGAAGCUUGCAAUGGGGCUCUCGGAGCGCCGUGCGGAGUGGCUAUGCAGAUGGAUGAGAUCGGUGGAGGAGCGAAAGGAGAUCAGUGACAUUGAGUUCGCAGCCGGGCUUGGGAGGCUGAGUUUCGCUUCACUGGCUCUGCCGUGGGAACGGCCCCUGCUGGGACCGCUAUUCGCAUGGUCGUCAGCUGUGUGGGGGACACGUGGCAAGCUCAGGGUCCCCUGGAUCAUUCUCAUGCUGAUGCGUUGGAUCACGAGAAAGCUUGAGAGAGGACAGAGACUGGAGGAGGUUGGUCCCCCGACAACAGCGAGAGCUCCAGGCAUCAAGAUCUGGACGGACGCCAAGGCAACAGACGAUGAGGCAUGGAUUGGAGGAUGGUUGCAAAGCGACGAAGAUACAAAGAAGUGCGCGUGGUUCUCAGAGAGAGUGGAGCCAUGGAUGGCGCCCUGGUUGAAGAUGAAGAAAGGGAAUCCCAAGAGAGUCAUUGCGGCGCUGGAAAUGCUAGCAACCCUAGUCGCUGUCAAGCUGUGGCUGGGAGAUGGGACCCAAAACCUUUGCGUCCACACGGAGGCAUUCACGGACAACCGGGGCAACGAAUUCAUCCUGAAGAAGGGGAUGUCUACGAAGUUCCCUAUCGCGUUGUUGGUGAUUGAGGUCAGCGAGACGCUUAGGUGCCUGGGCGCCACGGCGGACUUGAAGUGGAUCCGGAGGGAUGAGAACCAGAGGGCAGAUGACCUCACGAACCAGGACUACCAUGCCUUCGAGAUGAGCAAGAGAUCUACAGUCUACAGUGAGGUGCAGCGGUUUAAGGAAAAGAAGAAAAGUGAGAAAGAGGAGAAGGAGUCGGAAGGAUCCACUGGAGGUGAGCCAGUGGACGGCUUAGGUUGGACGCUGCCACUGCAGGCGGGGGGAGGAUCCACUGGAGGUGAGCCAGUGGACGGCUUAGGUGAUUUCAUGCCAAGUUAUGCCAAGUCAAGUGAUUUGAAUGCCCUGCAGCCCAAUGGCUAUCGUUCGCUUCACCUGGUGGCAGAACGUCAUGGUCAGCCUUUCGAGGUUCAUUGUGACAACUCUUUGGGUCUUUGUGUCAAUGUGUUCAACGGUAUCCGCGACAGAGUGCUUGGCCGCCUGCAGCAGGUUCUGAUGGGAGGGCAGGGUGAGAGUAAACCGUGUCCUCCUCCAACGCUGAACGUUCAAGUCUCACUGGCAACGGGCUUCGCUGCCGGUGUGGCCAAUGGUCUGACAUUCCAAGCGAAGGGCGAUAAGACCGGCAACUUUGGGGGUCAGUUCAAUCCAGCAGUGACUUUGGCUCUUGCAAUGAAAGGUGAAAUGCCGCUGAAGCGUGCUAUGGUGUUUAUUUUCAUGCAGCUGCUUGCUUCCAUUUUGGCAGCUCUCCUUGCCUUACUGACUUCUGGAAGGCAAUGUCUGGAAGAGAACUUCCACAUGAUGUCGGGGGCAAUGGCACCAUCAGGCGUUCGCGUCUUGCUUCAGGUGAUUUUCUCGCUGUUCAUUGUGUUCGUUCCCUUGUGGGCGCACCAGCGCGGGAGCAUGGCUGUUCCUGUCCUGGUAUGCUUUUCCUACAUUGCUGCCACCUUGACUGGUCUUCCACAGCUCAUGGAUGUCCCAAACGUUCUUCGAUGUUUUGGAUUACUGUUGAUUGGCCUGAGGAACUGGUCGAUGGUUUGGACCGCUGCAAUCGGUACCUUGAUUGCUGCUCCUUUGGCAGUGCUGCUGGAUGUUGUGAACCUCGACCAGAAAAGCGAGGAGGUGAACGGAGAAGCUGUUUCGACCGAUGACACCGAAACAGAUACAGAACCGAACGAGGCCUUGUAG